AUGCGCUGUGGAUAUAAUCUUAAUUAUCUGUAAAUCUAGACAUCUAUAUACUUGCCACAACAUGUUUGUGUCUCUAAAAUAUUAUCACAACAAGACAUGCUAAAAUUGCUCAAAAUACUGUAGUUAAACUUUAGGCAACAAACACUGAAACAAGUAACUUGUGAGUCUUAACAGAAGAGUUUUCUUCAUCCACGCAGAUGAAAAAGUAGUUUGGUCAUAAAUGUAAAAACACCUUGCACUUCGCACACAAAUUUGCUAUUACAUGGAAGUCUGCAGUUGAGUUAUUUUGCUUAUCUAACCCAAAAGAUGGGCCAGCUGACGUGAUACCAUCCACAUAAAGGCAUUGUGUGAAAUUAAUGCAUGUGCAAAUUGAGAACCUGCCCUUGCAUGAUGGCGGAUGAAUGUGUCCGUGGGGCAGACCGCAACAUUAAUAUACCUCACCAACAGUGAAGCAUCGGCCGCCAGUGGCGUGGACAUAUCAGGAAGAGAACAGACAAAUUCGCUGAAAUCAAAUUUGGGAGUUCUGUUUCUAGAAGAGAAAAAAAAAGUGCCCCGGAAAGACCCACUCGUUUCGUCAUUUUGAAAUCCGAAGGGGAGGAUUUCUUCAUUCCCAGAAAAUUUCUCCGCAUGACCCGCAUCAUUUUGGGAGGUAACAAAGUGGAGCACCCGCGUCUUUCCUCAUUCACAAAUGAUACAAUGUAACGGGCGCUUUGAUCGCAAUCAUCCGGAGCUCAUGUUUGUGUGCGCGAUCAUACUCUUGUUCGGCUGAAUUCAAGAAAAGCAGACAAGGAGGGAGAGGAAGUAGAAGCGAGCAGUUGACUCCUUCAGCUCUGCACCACAAGUUUCCUUCACUCUUGCUGAGCAGACCUGGAGUCAUGAGUUGUCAGGAGGUGCCGAACCCCAGCCAGGAGCCGAAGGACACGGCUGUGGUCCCCACAGAGGCCGGAGCAACACAGGCAGUACCAACAACGUCCCCGAAGCUUCCCUCAGUGAACGUUAAGACCGAGGUGGCGUCUCCCAUAGAGUCUGUGGCCAGUAACGGCAAAGCGAGUGACGGCAACAUACCUGCUGAGAUCUGUGUGGUUUUAGGAAGCUCUCGUAACUCUCAAACGCAAGGCUCUUACAUUUGUGGAGUAUGUGGCAAAAAGUACAAGUACUACAACUGCUUUCAAACACACGUCCGAGCUCACACAGAGACUGAGGCUGCUGCUUCUGGAGAAGGAGCAUCUCUGGGAAUCAAUAGUUCUUUCCGCUAUACAUGUGACGUAUGUGGGAAAAAAUACAAGUACUACAGCUGUUUUCAGGAGCAUCGAGACCUCCAUGCAGUAGAUGAUCCGUAUGAUCAUGUGAUACCAGUAGAAGACCUUAAAGAGGAGACUGAAUCCUACCAGAAAAUGGGACCAAAAACGGGAAGUUACACGUGUGAGUAUUGUGGAAAACAGUACAAAUACUUCAACCCCUAUCAGGAACAUGUGGCUCUUCACGCUCCAAUGAAGGGAAAUUAUGGCCUUAAAAUGGAAGGGAAAAUGUCUAACCAGUCAGGCCAGUCCAGUCGUGCCGACAUCAACAAUUCCCAGAACUCGAGUGAUACUCCAAACAGCCGGACCUAUUCUUCCCGUCCCAGCCCUCAGAAAACCUACUCGUGUGGAGCCUGUGGAAUUCAGUUCCAGUUCUACAACAACCUCCUGGAGCACAUGCAGUCCCAUGCUGCUGAUAAUGAGAACCACGUUAAAGAUGAGUCUCCGAAGCCUUGCCAAGCGCCUGUGGCCACACAGGAACAGAUGUGGAAAUCUCCUCAGCCGGCACAACAGAGGAACCACGUACCGUCUUUUCAGAACAGAUUACUUCCAGAAAAGGAGAGACAACAAGUGGCUGAACGUUUACUGAGAGUAAUGUGUGUAGACCUUGGCCUUCUUGGCGUACUCAGCAGCAAAGACUUCCUGAAGCUUGCACAGACCCUGGUGGACACGGGUUCACGUAAUGGGGCCUACUCCAUUCGUGAAGCCCUGGGAGAUAUGAGCUCACUGGCAUUAAAACAGCUCCCCCGUAUGUACAAUCAGGUCAAAGUAAAAGUCACCUGCGCCCUGGGUUCCAACUCAUCCCUGGGCAUUGCAGUGACCUGCCAUUCCCAGACUAUAGGACCAGACUCCUGCUAUUUGCUGACAGCGUAUCAAGUAGAGGGUGUGCGACUCCGGCGCUACGUGCUGGGACUCAAGGAGGCCUCAUUAAGGGAGAGUCCUGAGCAGAUACAUCACUGGGUCCAGAAUGUUCUGUCAGAGUUUGUCAUGUCGGAAAUCCGCACAGUCUACGUGACAGAGCCACGCUUGUCUUCGGUAGCCUUUUGCGGUCGCACCGGAAUUGGCCUUCGUUGCGCAGGUUGCUCUCUAACAGCCACGGUUCAGGCCGUUCUCGGUCGCCGCAGCCUGCAAGCACGAGGGCUCCAUGAACUAGGAGACCUUCUGGCUACAUGUCGCGACAUUGCUGCAACAACCAGCUUCAGUCAAGAAGGGAAAGCUGCAGAAGAGCCUGCUGCUCCGCCCUGCUGGGAUGCAGUUGCAGAGGCCUUGCUCAAGGUACACGAGAACUUUGAGGCCACCUGUGAAGCGUACGGCCGUUCGAAGAGCACUGUGCCACUCUUGCAAGGCUUGAACAAGCACCUGCUUGGCACGCUUGCAUGUUUGCUUGCGCCGCUAAGACAGGCAGCACAGGAACUAAGUGUGGAACGCUGCCCCACACUCCAACACGUCCUUCCCGUCUACCUCCGUCUCGAAAAACUUUUCACCUCCAAAGCCGGUGAAGCGGGUGCUGGCAGUAAGCUCUGCCACUACUUCCUGGAAGCCCUGAAGGAGAACUUCAAAGUGGAACGUGUCCAUCAAGUCGCAAUGAUCCUGGAUCCACAACUUAAGCUGCGGCCAGUCCCUGCGUACCAGCAUGAGGAUAUUAUCUCAAGGGUGUGUGACAUGGCUGCUAAUAUGAGGGAAUCAGGAAGCAGUGGUUCUGGGGGUAUGUCUGUGGAUGAGCGGGAUAGCGAAGGACCAUCAGCACCAAAGCGUGGCCGCCUGGACUGUGGAUUGGAGAGGCCAUCAUGCGAUGCUGAAGAGCCACAGGUACGCAAAGAGUUGUUCCAGUACCUCGGCGAACCACUCUUCAAUGGCACAGGUGACCUUUUGCAGUACUGGAGUUCGGUCAUGGACAGAUACCCCAGACUGUCGCGGUUAGCGCUAUGGUUGCUGGCUGUACCGGCUGUAGCUGUGCAUGGAGAGUGCGUGAACAUCUGCGAGCAGACCUUAGCCAUGAAGAGAAAGCAGCAGGUCACUGCGGAGGAGAUGAACAAGCUGGUCUUCCUCAAGAGUAAUUUUGCUUGAGAUGGCUCAGGGCUUUCAGCUAAUGGCACCAUAGACUGUUUGAAAUGGAGACUUUUUGAACCAGAUGUACCGGUCACUUCUCUUUACCCCUUCCAAAAAUCCCGUUUUACCGUAAGUGUCUAUCAAUGAGGCACAUGAUAGAAAUUUACCAAGGAAAGGUACAUUAACAACUAAUUCACAAACACCCCUUCAGACCAUACAGUAGCUUGGCAUUGGCAGUGGCAACAGAAGCAACUCGAUGAAAAUACAGUCUGCGCGAGGACACGGACGUGAACUUGUGUUUUCGAUGUUUCGGUUAAACUAUCGCUUAAAAUUGUGAUGUGUUUUUAUCAGUAUGUGGUUCAUCCAUCUCGCUUUUCUUUCUGUGGAAUCCAUCUGAAAUUUAGUCAAUGGAUUAUUAAAAUCAUACACAACAUACUUUCCAUCUAGUGAAGGAAAAAACGGGGUACUUAGAAAAAGCCAUUUCUUUGCAAUUACGCCUUUAUGAAAACCACAAACACUCUUUGCUGUGACAUCCGAACGAUACCUCUCUUUAGCAGUUUGUCAGAGGGCAGAUCAAGCUUGUAGAAGUGUAUGUCUUGUCAUAGGCAUGCUCUGAUUUAGUAAUCUCAGUUAACCGGUUUGAGUGCGUUAAGCUCUUGUUCAGCCUCAGGAGUUUAAGGCCAGCAGAACUCAGAUUUAUACUUGGGUCACAUAGAUAAAUGAUUUUGCAAUUAUUUAUUUUUAUUUUGUCAGUUCUCACAAUAACGUUGCAAUAAAUGUUCCGUAGCAGAAGUUUUACUGUCAAGCAGACUUUGAUGCCUUGCACCUUUGUAGCAGCCUUUUUUGCCAUUACAGCUCACUGGGAUCAUUUCCUUCUACAAUACAAUCUGCAAUACCUGGAACAGCCACUUAAACCCCAAGAUUGGAUCCCCAAUAAUAUUGGGUUAUGGAAGUUUAUAGGAAUGAUCUGGUGUUCCAGUCCAGUGGAUCUUAUUUAUUUAUUUUUUAAUUGUUUUUAAUGGUUUUUUUUUCUUUCUUUUUUUCUUGUUUUCCUUUUUUUUAGAUCUUGUUUCUGAAAAAGUGGGAAUAGGGCUAUGAAAUACAGAAACUGUCUGUCUCUCACUGUCUCGGUACAAACCUCCUUGAACAGAGGCAGCUAACUGCAUUAUUGUUUGAAUGCGUUUUAAGAGGAUAAAGCUAAACAAAUAUUCCAUUAUUUAUGCACUGGAUUUCUCUUAUCAUUAUUUUCCUAAUUUAUCUACAGCAGGAAAUUAGAUUAGUGAUAACAUUAACUAGAAAAAAAAAAUCAUUGCCUAGAUUAGGACCAAAGUAUCUUUUAAAAGUAGUUUGUCAUUGUGAAUAAUUGCCAUUUCCGGACAGAUUUGUAGUUUUAUCUCAUAAUACUCAUGCUUCCUCAUAACGGUUUUGCCCUCAUAAAUUUCCACUGCCUUUGAACAACUGUUCAUUUCAAAAUUGUUCUAGUAAACAGACAGAAGUAACAAUUUUCACUUCCAUAAUAAAAUAAAUGAUCUUCAA